AUGGAGGGAACGGAGAUCAGUCGAGACGCUCAGGCCUUUUUCGACGACCUGCCUCCUGAUGGCUUCUUGCCGGAGGAGGAGGCUUUGAGAGAGGCCAUCCUGAAUUUUUUGGAUAGCUCGGGCCCAGACGCCCCCCCGACACUUAAAGAGGCCCAGCAGGUCUCGGAGGUCAGAGAUGCACGUGAUGCAUGUCUAUCCGGAUCGUCUGGUGUCACCUUGAAGAUGUGGAUUGAUCGGCGAAUCGGCGGUGAGAUUGCAGCAUGGCGCAAGAACGGAAGGGGUGAUGUGUUAAUCGGUCUGCGGGAAGUCUGGGGUGAGGAGGCUGCCGCUGCCAACCGUGAAGAGGUCCAACAAGCGAAGGGCGAGUCCGACAAGGCAAAGCGGCGGAAGAUGGACGAUGCUCCAGGCCCAGGCCGAGAUCGAAGAGGUGUCGCAAAGGGUCGGGGGAGAUGA